AUGGAAAUUAAUGGUCUUUCGAGAUUUCUAGAAGGAGAAAAUAAUUUAUAUAAGGAUCCAGAUUAUGAAUACGCGCUUUUAGAUGAUAGUCAUUCUGAUAUACAAUCAGAAACUUCAAUUAUCACGAAUACGACAAUAACUAGCAAUUUACUCGAAAAUGAUAACGAUAAAAGAAAUUUUACUUUUACUGAAACAGUAACCAACUUUAUUAAUGCCUAUAUGGAUUUAAAAUCGAAUGAUAACGAUAAUGAAAAUUUAGAUGAAAUUAAUAUUGAUUGGCUUGAUUCAGAAAUAGAUUCUGCUUUAGAAUGUAUCAUUUUGGAUUAUAAAGAUGGAAAAAUACAACGUUGCUCAAAUUUGAGAUUCCGGCCACUAAAACAAUUACUAGGUAUUUGGGAAUUAGAUUCUCAAGCCAUUGAUUCAAUAUUUAAGCAAAAUCAAAUGAAAGUAUUGGAAACACUUAGUAUAUGUUCCUCAUAUUUUAAUUUUGAUCAGGAUGACUUAUAUGAACGUGGCAUGAAAAAAGAAGUUUCAAUCAAAUGA